AUGGUUAAUCUUGCUGCCAGAUUCCACGAUGCCAAAUGGCUUUUGAGCAAAGGGUACUCUCCUCUGGUGUAUCUUUUCAGAAACUUGGAAAGUGGUCAAGUCAUUUAUUCACAAUUUCCAUAUUUUGCAGAACGUCAAAUCAAAAAACAAUUCCAACGUCCAAACUGGCAAAACCGUCUCCCAUCUACUAGAAAAGAUAUCUGGAGAAUCAUGUCUGUUGUUUCGUUCGACAACCACGAAAAAGCUGUGGAUGCCUACAAUGCGCUUGUCGAACUCAGACAUUUGAGAGACGUGGGUCAAAAGAAGUUGGCUAAUUCAUUCAGAAAGAAGAACGAAGAUGGGAACAUCUGGUACUCCGCACAAUAUCGUCCAACUUGGACCCAAGAGUCGGUAGCUGAUCUUACAACCGUUAUUGAUGAAUUGAAGUUGGAAAACACCAAGAUAUUUUGGGAAGAUUUGUGGAGAAAGGGUGAUGACAAGUACUGGAACCAGGAAUUGGUAGAACACAGACAACUAGAAAAAUUCAGUCCAAGAGAAGAAUCAGUGGUGUUGAAGAGAUUGGGUGAGAAAGUCAAGGCGGAAUUUGCCUUAUUGAAAGAAUCGCAAAACGCAGAAACUUUGUCGUGA